CUAUUUAUUAAGAAACUAGAAUCAAUUUAAAAUAUUUUAAAAUAACACAUUUUUAAAUAUUAUAUGAUCCCAUGGUGUUUCGUAGUGAAUGAUCGAAUUAUACUAUUCCUGUUCGCAGUUGCCAUUCACCGUAGAACGCUAGCAAGGACCUGUUGCUAAAUAUUUGUAUUAUCCAAGACACUGAUAAUUGUAUAUUUAUAUAUAUGUUAACAGACUCAAAACCGCAAUGGAGUUCGUAAAAAAAUGGGCGUGACCAGAAGGACUCCGAAAUUUUCAGCAUCGGAAAACCGCAAUUCAAGUUGCCACAGUCGCUGCGCCUGGAGCACGACUUCUACAGCUCCCGGCUCUUCCAGAAGAUGCAGCACGACCUGGAGAAGGUGAAUCGCAGUCUGGAGCUGUCCAAGGAGAACCCAAUGACCAGGGAUUUCAUUGAGAAAGCGGCCAUGACGCAGGAAAUGAUGCAGAUGAAGCACGCGGAAUUUGUGGAGAAGAAACGCCGCCAGCAACUGCGGCGGGAUUGCGAGGAACUAAGGGAUUUGGCGGAGCAACUGCGUCUAGCAGCCAUUUCUAAGGAGCUAGCCGAGAGUCUGGAGGACCGGAAACGCCAGCGUCAGCUGUCCGUGAGAGUGGAGGCCCAGGAAGUGGCCGAGGAGCGAUGCCUGCUGGAAGCCAAGGAACGCGAAAGAGAAGCCGCUUUGAAGGAGGAACAGCGACGCCUGCGUGAAUCCUUGGCACGACAAAUGGAGGAGAACCGGCGACGUCGCCAGCAGGAGCACGCCCAGGUGAUGAACGAUCGCGAGCUCAGCCUGCUGAGACAGAAGCAAAUCCAAGAGGAGGAUCGCGCCCAGCAGCUGGAAAUUGAACGGAAGAAGCUGCAGAAGCGCCAGGACAUGCUGCAGUCCAUCAAGGAAAACCAGGCUCUCAGGGAGUGGCAGCGGGCCCAGAACAACCAGGAGCUGGGUGACCUAGCCCAAAAACAAUCGGAAAUCGAGCGAAGGAAGCUCCAGUUGGAGGAGGAACGCCAGGAUGUGCAGCGCAAGAAGCAGGAGAUUAGCAUCCGCCUGGGUCAGCAGGUUAUGGAGAUAGAGAAUAAAAAACGCCAUCGGGACAAUCUGCUGCUGGAUCUGCUGGAGGCGGAAUACACGGCCAAGAGCGACGAGCGAUUCCGCCAGCAGCUGCAGCAGGAGCAGUUAUCGCGCCGGCGCACCAAACAGGAGUUGGAUCGCUACCGCCAGGAGGUGGAGCACCACAAGAUGGCCCAGAUGCAGCUGAAGCGGAUGGAGUUGGCCACGCAGCAGCAGGAGGCGCCGGAUGUGAGCAGUCAGGAAGCCGAGAAGCAGCUGGAGGAUUACCGCAGGCGCAGGGCCCAUGGGGCCACCUUGCUGGCCAUGAUCGAGGAUAACCAGCGGAAACGGGCGGAGGCCACCGCCGAAAAUAUCCAGUACUUCGAUGCUAAGACAAAGUCCGAUGCCGAACAGGAGGAGCGUGUCAAGCAGGAACGGCUGGCCAUGUUGGGCCAGGUUCCCGCCUCCGUUCUUCGGUAUCUGCCCAAACAUGUCCUGACCUCCAAGGAUCGCGAGCAUUUCUGCCGGGAGGAUGUGCAGGCGUUGGGCGGCGGAGAUUCCUAGUAUACUUCUAAAUUGUGGUUUCAAAAUGGUAAUACAUUCGAAUUGGUCCUUGGUCUCAACAUAUAUAAUUCAAAUUUUAACCGCCACUCCGCGUACGUGACGUGUACCAUUUAGGCAUGUGGCGUUGCCAGAUCUUUGUAUUUUCCCAUGCAGCUGCCACACCCAAAAAAAUGCCAUGUUCGCACCAAAGAAUAAACAUCCCUUGAGAAAUGGUUUCUGUCAACCAGAGGCGUAGUCGAAUGAGAAGGGGGGCUUGGGAGGUGAACGCUCCCACAGGCAGCAAUUUGAACACAGAGUAGAUACAAGCCAUUAUUCAGAUAACGAUUUAACCAGUAAUCCAUAGCAUUAAAAUAAAAUAAGAGCUGGGCUAUAAAUCGAUAGAAGACGUGCGCUAGUGUAACUUGGCUAUAACCGUGGCAAGAAAACAUAUCGAUUUAUGACCGAUAUUUCGAAAAUAUCGAUUCAUCGAUAUUGUCAUCGACCACCUCUAUGGCCAACGCUGACGCUUACUGUCAUUAAAAAUCUCACGUACAAACAAAAACACGGAAAUCGCUGUGAAAGGGCGUUGCACAAGUGACAGUGUUUUGGCAAAAUGCCCGGGCUAGUUUUGAUUAUGUUUAGCUGUGCCUAGAAGGCAAAGUGCGCGACGCUGAAACGCAAGAAUCGCGAGCAACCGAAACGCGGAAAUCGAAAA